ACUCAUCAGAUUCUUGAAGUCUCAUUCACCAUAUUUCUUAAAUGGCAUCCAUCUCCUCCUCCGCUGUUGCCACCGUCAACCGCUCCACCCCUGCCCAAGCUAGCUUGGCAGCUCCAUUCACCGGUCUCAAGUCUAACGUCGCUUUCCCAGUUACCAAGAAGGCUAACAAUGACUUUUCAUCCCUCCCCAGCAACGGUGGAAGAGUGCAAUGCAUGAAGGUGUGGCCACCAAUAGGGUUAAAGAAGUACGAGACCCUUUCAUACCUACCACCAUUGUCCGACGCUGCAUUGUCUAAGGAGAUCGACUACCUUCUCCGCAACAAGUGGGUUCCUUGCUUGGAAUUCGAGUUGGAGCAUGGAUUUGUUUACCGUGAGCACCACCAUUCCCCCGGAUACUAUGAUGGAAGAUACUGGACAAUGUGGAAGUUGCCUAUGUUCGGGUGCACUGACUCAGCUCAAGUCAUGAAGGAGGUCGAAGAGUGCAAGAAGGAGUACCCCAACGCCUUCAUCCGUGUUAUCGGAUUCGACAAUGUUCGUCAAGUGCAAUGUAUCAGUUUCAUUGUCUCCAAGCCCCCAGGCGUUCUCUAAGCACCAAAACCAACCUUCUUGCCUAGGAUGCACCAAAAUUGAUCAGUAUCCUAAGGCUUUUUAAGGCCAUGUUUAAUUUGUGUGGGGUUGGGUUAGACAUUG